AUGGUGUUGAAGAGAGCUAGACAUCUGAGGAUUGUAAAAUGUCAUGAAUUGGAAUGCUUGAUCAACACAGAGGAAUGGGGGAUUUCAUCACAGGCACAACCAUGUGAUCUGCAAUUGCUCUUUAACCUGGAAGAAUUGGAACUCUAUGGUUUGGAUACUUACAAAGAGAUAUGUGCAGCAAGUGCAGUUACUACUUCCAGCUGGGUGUGUUUCCCAAAGCUCAGGAGAUUGGAAGUUAACGCAUGUCCUGAACUAUCAGCUGUUCUUCUUCCAUUCAAUUUGCUUCAAAGGCUACAACAUUUGGAGGAGCUUUCCGUAAUAAAUUGCGUGAAAUUGGAACAAGUAUUUGAUUUUGGUUCUAAAGGAGAAGGCAUGAAGCUGCCUUCUAGUUUGACAAAAUUAUGGCUAAGCGAGUUGCCGAGAUUGAAGCAUAUAUUGAGCUGCUCCAGACGUCAACAUGUGCAACUCUGCAACCUAAGAACAAUGAAUGUUAUUUCAUGUGGCAAACUCAAAUAUGUCUUCCAACCUUCCAUAGCUCAAGCUCUUCAUCAACUUGAAGAGCUUUCUGUAUAUGUGUGUGAAGAAAUGGAGGAAAUUGUUGCUGCGAAGCAAAACGAAGGGCAACAAGAAGAAGAAGAGAGAGUGGACUACAAGAUGGUGUUCAAAAGUCUCAAAAAACUCUACCUUAGAGAUCUUCCAAACCUAAGUGGUUUCUGCACAGGAGGAGACGACUUUCCUUUUGAAUGGCCAUCCUUGGAACGACUUCAAGUGAUAAACUGCCCCAAAAUGAAGACUUUCGCUGCCACUACUUCCGGCAGCACACCAAAACUGAAGGAAGUCGAAUUGGAUGAUGAAUCCGUGAUACCGCUAAAGGGGACGGACUUGAAUCAGUUUGUGCAAACCCAUAUCAUUUCAAAGCCACCUAAGGCAAGACAGACUGGUACUCUUGAAGAUGAAAUCCAAGUUGAAUCCUAAUUAGAUUGUGAACUAGAUUAUGAAUUUAUGAGGAAUAACUCUCAUGAUUGUCAACCAUAAAGAAUGCUGAGCUGCUCCUAUAUGUGAUGUCUACCUUAGGAUUUUAUUGUGUAAGGGCAUAUGCUUCCUAUGAUUUGUGUUUCUAAAUAAUUGUCUUGUUUCGCAAUAUCAAAACUACUACUCUAAAUAAAGGUAUGAUUACCUAAUGUGUG